UGUAUCAUCUUUGAAGAACUAAGAUAUUCGCGAUCGUUGAUCGUGUUACUCGUAGACCCUUCAAAUGAUCAUUACCCAGCUGUCAGCGAUGCAAACGAGCCAACAACAAAUCCAUUACAAAGAAAUAAGUGAUGAGGAGAAGAAAAUGAUAAUGCUGAGCGACGAUUUCCAGCGAUUCUUCAACAAAACAUCUAGAUACAUUGAACGGGCAUUGGCCGAAGAUGUAGACAUUUUAAUGGACUACACGGGGAUCAUGGAACGCGAUGGUGAAGCG